GCUGAAGUUUUUAUCUUCAGAACAAAAUCAGAAGUGAUGAGAUGAAAAUCAAUCGAACCAACCGUCUUGUUGUGGAGCGUUUUAUUUUGAAGGGUAAAUUUGAAUUCAGAUCAUAAUGAAGAUGGUUUAAACUUCUUGAAUCAACACGUUAAAGUUUAUCUUCUGAUAACAACCGGAUACAGAUGUGUUGUAUUCUCUAUUGUCCUGGUUCCUCUGGGUUCUGAGGAUUCAGCUCUUCUCUGAUCAUCUGAACCACAAACCUGGAAACAGAGAAUCUUCAGCUUCUGUUCGCACUUGAGCAAUGAGGGCGUGGCCUGCGAGGCUGGGCGUCGAACUCACAACCUGAAGUAAAGAUAUAAAGCCUGAGCUCCCGGGGCAUUGACGCACAUCUGACUUUACGCAAAGCUCCGACAGGAGAACCGAGACGCAGCGGAACAGAACCUCGCAGAGAACAUGUACUCACGGACCGACAGCUUCACCCUGACCGUCCCGCAGGAGCGGUUCGCUUUCCCCCGGACGGCGACGCGCAGCACGGAGCCGGAGGUCUUCACCUUCGAGCGGAUCCCGGCUCAGGCCACCGCCGUGCGCUCCUACGUGCCCAUCCGGCCCAAGAAGCGCUGCACCCGGGUUAUGUACCCGGCUAAAGUCCGCAUGCAUCUCCCCCCGCCGGAGAAGAGCCAGGCCAAGCGCUGGCUGGUGAUCCUGUGCCUGGUGGUGCUGUGGCAGAUCUACACCGAGGAGCCGUGCGCCGACGCCCCGCUGAGCAGCGGCGAGGCGCCGAUCAGCGAGUACCAGGGUUUCUCCUUCCAGUCCCCGGAGGAGCUCGCACAGAUCCGCACCGGCUCCGAGCUGGAGUCCGCCCGCCAGGACCCGCACCACAUCAUGCCCGACACCAGCUGCCCCAGGCCCGGACAGGACCCGGAGAGCAGCCGGCCCGUGGAGCAGAGCACCGCCGGGAACAGCUACGUGGUGGCCCUGCUGGUCUACCACAGCCUGGGCAGCGACAGCUAAGACCCCGGGUCCUGGUUCCACCUGAACCCCCCAGAGACUGAACCUGUAGGAUCAAACUGAACCGAGCUGGAUCUGAACCUGAGCCGCUCCGGGAGAACAGCGGUGCGCCCUGAGAGGCGCAGCCGGGAAGGGAGCUCCAUGCGCCCGCUUCAGCCUGACAGAGGUCCCCUGAAAGCAGGAGGACACUCGACGUGGAGCAGGACACUGACGGGCACUGACGGGCACUGACGGACACUUGAUAAAACUGAAACUUGAAUUGAAGAAAACUUGAACUUGUCUGUGGUUGAAUCACAGAGUCUCUGCACUGACAGCUGAAACUCACUGAAAAUGUCUUAUUUGUUAUUUAUUGUCUUAUUUGCUAUUUAUUGAAUAAUAUUAAUAAUAAUUUUAAUAAAAAUGUCGAAAAGAA